AUGCCUAUGAACCAUAUAUGUCUUUCUACGAUAGCUUUUAUCUUGGUUCUUGGUUUUGUUCUUACUUCACCACGAAAUUUCAAAUCGACUGCAUCAGCACAAUCUGUAACUCCCAAUCAAAUAUACGAAUCCCGGUUUUCAGACAACGGUGAUGGUACAUUUACAAAUCCGUUUAUUUGGGGAGAUUUUCCUGACACGGACAUUAUUCGAGUGGGUGACGAUUACUAUAUGAUAUGCUCAAGUAUGUGUCUGACACCUGGUAUACCUAUCAGUCACUCCAAGGAUUUAGUCAACUGGCAGAUAAUUGGUUAUGCGUUCGAGAAACUGGAUUAUGCCGACAUUUAUAAUAUGCCCAAUGGAUCAAGUCUCUACAAUGGCGGUGCAUGGGCUCCUUCUAUUCGCUAUUUUGGUGGCAAAUUCCACAUAUCCUAUUAUGAUAAUCUCGGUUUCUUCGUCACUUGCAUUUCUGAUAAGCCCGAAGGUCCCUAUGAAAAACAAAUCUUAUUGAACUAUCGUCUCUACGAUCCCGGAGUGUUCUUUGAUGAUGAUGGUCGAGUCUACGUUGCGCACGGUCAAAAUACCAUCUAUAUAACCGAGUUAAGUCCAGACUUUCUCCAUGUUGUGACACCGCAGAGAGAAAUUUAUCAAUUAGAUAAUCCUGGAAUAGAAGGUUCACAUAUGUAUAAAAGGAAUGGUUGGUAUUACAUUUGCAAUCCUGGAGGCGGUAAACAAUUUAUAUGGCGUUCAAGAAGUAUCUAUGGACCGUAUGAAGGUCGCGUAGUGAUCGACAAUGAUAUGAACUAUGCUGGUAACGGAUUACACCAGGGUGGUUUUCUUGAUCUACCCAACGGAGAUUCGUGGUUCUUCCUCUUUCAAGAUCAUGAUUUUGCUGGACGUCCUCCUAUUCUGUUCCCUAUCGAAUGGGAAGACGACUGGCCAGUAUUGAAACAGGACAACAGAACUACAUAUGGGCAAGUGCAACCCACUUAUCCUAAGCCUGCAACUAACGUUACAGUAACCCCAAUCAGUCCGGUGCAUAGUGAUGAGUUUUCUUUGCCAACGUUGAGCUUAGAAUGGCAAUGGAGUCAUAAUCCUGAUGACACGAAAUGGAGUCUCACAGAACGCCCAGGUUUUAUGCGCUUGCAUGCAACACCAGCUCGUAUUGUGGAGGAAGCUCGAAACACUCUUGUUAAACGUCUUAUUGGUCCUAGUAUUUCUGGUCGUACAUUGAUUGACUUAUCGAAUUUGAAGGACGGUGAUGUCACCGGUCUUGCCAUGUGGAAUCUUCCUUUUGCUUAUAUUGGUAUACGUCAAGAGAAUGGACAACGAAUACCUGUGAUGGUCAUUGAAGAUGUAAUCAUUGAAGUCGUUCAACCAAUUACAAACAAUCAGAUUCACUUCAAAGUGAUUACCAAUGACCAAAGCUUUGCUUCUUUUUAUUACAGUCUCGACAAUGAGAAGACUUAUAUCAAACUAGGAAAUGAUUUGCAAAUGGCUCUUACUUACGCAACCUUUUUGGGUUCGCGUUUUGGACUUUUUUGUUAUCAUGUAGGAAAUGGUACAUCGGGUUUUGCUGAUUUCGAUUAUUUACGUCUCGAAAGUACAGUUGGUCCCGCUAAUCAUUUUAAUGUCAGCGAACCAAUUAGCAUCGGCUACUAUGAUACUGAUUGCAAUACUACACUGCACCGAUCGCCAACGAACGAGCAAACACUAACCCCAACGUACACUGGUGCUUGGGUAUGCUUUAACAACAUUAAUUUCGAUCAGGGAGCAAAUAUCUUUCAAGUUAAUGCGAGUGCUAUAGCAGGUCAACGCGGAGUAAUUGAAAUUCGUCGAGAUCGAUUCGAUGGCGAAGUUCUUGGAAGAUGUUCAGUACAAGAUGCACAAUCUCGAGGAUUUCAAAUUUAUAAUACGACAAUCACACCCGUAACUGGUGUUAAAAAAAUUUAUCUAGUUUUUACUGGUGGAAGUGGUGGCUUUUUUACCAUUAGAAAUUUCCAAUUCUCCUCAAAAUAA